CUUUGUCAGAGACUGACCUAGGAAACGCAGGGUCUGCGGCCUCUUUAAGAAGGGGCGGGAACAGGGGCUGGAGGAAGUGAGGUCGCAGGGGCCGCGGAAGCCGGAAGCCGCCGCGGGAGCAACGCGUGGGGAGAUGUCUGCCAGCGGGGCUGUGCAGCCGGGACACCCGGGGGCCGCCGUCGGGCCCUCGCCCGCUGCGGCUGCGUCACCAGCCACCGGGCCUUUGUUCCGGCCCCUCAGCGCCGAGGAUGAGGAGCAACAGCCCACCGAGAUCGAGUCACUGUGCAUGAACUGUUACCGGAACGGCACGACGCGACUUCUGCUCACCAAGAUCCCCUUCUUUAGAGAAAUCAUCGUGAGCUCCUUUUCCUGCGAACACUGUGGCUGGAACAACACGGAGAUCCAGUCUGCAGGCAGGAUCCAGGACCAGGGAGUGCGCUACACCUUGACCGUGAGAAGCCAAGAGGACAUGAACAGAGAAGUGGUAAAGACAGACUCUGCCACCACAAGGAUCCCCGAGCUGGAUUUUGAGAUUCCAGCCUUCAGCCAGAAGGGAGCUCUGACCACUGUUGAAGGACUCAUCAGCCGUGCGAUCUCUGGCCUGGAACAGGAUCAGCCCACACGACGGGCAGUGGAAGGUGCCAUCGCAGAGAGAAUUGAUGAGUUCAUUGGCAAACUGAAGGACCUAAAGCAAAUGGCUUCCCCUUUCACACUGGUCAUUGAUGAUCCCUCGGGAAACAGCUUUGUAGAAAACCCACAUGCUCCCCAGAAAGAUAAUGCCUUGGUGAUCACAUACUAUGACCGAACCCCACAGCAAGCUGAGAUGCUGGGGCUCCAAGCAGAAGCACCAGAGGAGAAGGCGGAAGAGGAAGACCUUAGAAACGAAGUGCUCCAGUUCAACACUAACUGCCCAGAGUGCAACGCUCCGGCUCAGACCAACAUGAAGCUUGUCCAAAUCCCCCACUUUAAAGAGGUUAUCAUCAUGGCCACCAACUGUGAGAAUUGUGGGCAUCGGACUAAUGAGGUGAAGUCCGGAGGAGCUGUAGAACCUUUGGGUACCAGGAUCACCCUCCACAUCACAGAUCCCUCAGACAUGACCAGAGACCUCCUCAAGUCUGAGACCUGUAGUGUGGAAAUCCCAGAGCUUGAGUUUGAACUGGGAAUGGCUGUACUUGGGGGCAAGUUCACCACUCUAGAAGGACUGCUGAAAGACAUCCGAGAACUGGUAACCAAGAACCCAUUCACACUGGGCGACAGCUCUAAUCCUGACCAGUCAGAGAAACUGCAGGAGUUUAGCCAGAAGUUGGGCCAGAUCAUCGAGGGCAAGAUGAAGGCCCACUUUAUCAUGAAUGAUCCAGCAGGAAACAGUUAUCUGCAGAAUGUGUAUGCACCUGAAGACGAUCCAGAGAUGAAGGUCGAGCGGUACAAACGCACCUUUGACCAAAAUGAGGAGCUCGGGCUCAAUGACAUGAAGACAGAGGGCUAUGAGGCGGGCCUGGCCCCACAGCGGUAGCAGUGGCCAGCUCACUGGCCAGCUACAGUGCCACUCACACUGCAGGGUUAUCUGUUACUGUGGGGAACUGACGAGGAGUGCUCAAGCCCUCGUCCAUGGUGAAGAGGUUACCACUUGAGUUAGAAAUGUAAGCACCCAAGAUUAGCAGCUGACGGACGAGGCAGCUGCAGCCCUACUGUGCUCCUUGACCUUCUUUUGGAGGUUUUAAAGUCGGCGUGAGAAGAAUCCCAGAAACACCAGGCGGUCUGCCAUCACCGUUUGCCUGUCAGCUCUCUGACCUCCAGUGCUGGACCUUUGAAGUCUGGGGAAGUGAAAUACAAGUUUCUGCUGGCUCUGGGCAUGUGAAGUACUGACUCAGCAGGGAAGGAUGUCGGAGGGGCCGAGCAGGCACAGGUGAAGACGCCACAUUAAAGUGAUGGCCUUUAAACGACACCCGCCUCUGCGUUCAUGUCCUUACUGAUUACCAUGUGCUAGACUAAGCUGGGUCACACUGAGUCACACUCAGCUCCGAGGAGACUGAGGACAGCUUGGGCCAUGCAGUGAGAGUCCGUCUUCAUGAAAAGAAAUGAGGAAGGAAAAACCAGUUUAGUUUCCUAAGCAAAUCUUUCUUGAGGUGGCUGCUGUAGAGGCAGCAUUUGAUUCACUCCAAUAGGCCAUCCUGUCUGCUCUGAGCCAGGUACACCUGUGUGGAGUCUAGCUGUUCUCAUGCAGCUUAAAGCAGUCUGGAAAAGCAGGGUGGCACACACCUUUAAUCCCAGCAGAGGCAGGUGGUUCUAUGAGUUUGAAGCCGAUUUGGUCUACAGAGGAAGUUCCAGGACAGCCUGGGCUACACAGAAAAACCCUGAUUCAAGACAAAACGAAUUCAAACUGGAUAACCAGCACCAUCCUUGUUUGGCCUCUGCUAGCAAAAAUUAGAGCCAGGCAGUAUGAAGAUGUGUGGGUUCCUGUACUUACCCGAAAGUUCUUAUUAUCUAUAAAGGAGGCUAAUAAAACUGAAGGGUAGGUCAUGGUGUCCAGCCACUUGAGAGGCUGAGGAGGAAGGCUAACAAAUUCAGGGGCAGCUUAGGCAAUUUAGAUCUUCAACAUUCAAAAGAGUGGGGAUGUAGUUCUAUAGAACUCCUGCAUACCAUGUGCAAAAGGCCUUGGGUUUAAUCCUCGGUGCUGGAUGAAAGAAAAAAAAAUUGUGAGGGUUAAGUGAGAAGUCAUAAAACACUUAACCCUUUAUAGAAGAAACUCCAGAAUCUUCCUGGUUUCUUUGCCACACUGACCACGAAUCCAUUUCACUGGGAAGAGUUUAUAUCAUUUUUUAGAAAGACAUAUCAAAGGUGAGAAGGUCAGUACAGGUUUGAUAAAAACCUAUCAAACUUUUAUAGUCACAAGUUUGACUUCCCCUAAAUGGUACCCGGAAGCCUCUUCCAGCAGACUUCCCACCAAAAGGUAUUUAUAGCAAUAAAAGUGAUUGAAAUUGAAA